AUGUCACCGAGACGAGCGCUUCAGCUUGGAUUUAUUUGGUUUUGCACCUUGAAUGACAUCACCACGUUCUACUUCUCCUCGGGGAGAUUACGCCGGUCCCAAUUUCUAUCCAGCUAUCGGAUAAUCCACAACUUUGUGGUAAUCAUAUUGACGAUAAAGUUUCUGAUGAAUUUUUGGCACUUCAGUGCUGAUUCGUUUGAGAAAUCACCGCUGGUGCGGCUGGCUGCCAUCACAUACUUCGGCCUCGUAUUCCUGUCCCUGAUCAGUUGCAUGGGCUGUGCCUAUCGGCGGCAGGAUCGAAUUCGUAAUAUGAUUGAGAAACUUCAGAAACUGGAGGGUAUAUGUAACUCACGUGGCUACCAGGUGCCCAAGAGCAAGAAGCGAUUUCUGAAUAUUCUCACGAUUACACUGACAUUCCUGCUGAUCCUACGACUCGCCAUCCAUGCUGCCUUGAAUGUCAGGCGAUUUGUGAGAGGAUAUCACAAUCCCUGCAACUGUUUCCUCUCCGAAUGCAUGAUCUUUGCCGCGAACUCUUUGGUCUUUGGCCUCAUCUUGGAGAUCUGCCGCAAUUGGUGGCGCUUGGAGUCGGGUCUGGAGAUGGUGAUCUUGGAUCCGAAACCUUUUCCAGAUCAGCUUUGUCGUCUGCGUAGGCUGCAAGCCCUGUUCCAAACACUGAUUGAUUUGACGGAUGAGGUUUGCUUUGUCUUCAGGUUUGUGUUUCUGUGCUACCUGAUGCGGAAUGUGUGGAGUGGCAUACGGGUCGGAUACAUGAUGGUUCGCGUGUUCCUUGGCCACAGUGCCAUUGAAUCGGAACUGGAGUACCUGCAGAUGGUUUUCGUCACCUGUAUACAGCCGAUGCUCUUUUCACUGAUGAUGAAUACCCUGACCCACACCGCGGAUUCCCUUUUGGAGACCACAAAGGAGGCGAUCAGGGGGCUUUACUGUCGGGAUGUGCGGAUGGAACGAAGUAUGGAAUGGUUCUCUCUCCAACUGGCGGAGCAGCAUACCCAAGUCCACAUUUUCGGGACUUAUCGCAUGAAUCGAAGCUUGGCCUUCGACGGCUGCUCGGUUAUCCUGCUGCAUGUCAUAUAUAUGGUACAAAGCGAAUACAGUUCGAUGUUUUAG